UCGGCUCAUAACAGUCGCACGUGUCUGCUGCUCGUAGUGCAACUGCAUCGUGAGACAUCAAGUGGCCCAAAACAACGAUUACUAGAAGCUAUUCACGUCUACUACUACGAACAAAGGAGCAUAAUAUCUCUGUGCUUGAAAAGAGAUGCAUUAAACCUACAGUGCUCAACGCUUCCUUUGCAUAUUCCGGUUGUCUGGCUGCUGUUUGAUUGGCAUUGUGGAACAACAAUAACAAUGGGCAAAGCCAAUAUCAAGGUUGUGAAGGACAAUCAAAAGGCUAUACAUCCAAGGAGUAGAAAAGCAAAACAAAUCUCAAAAAAAGUGUCUCGAGAAUUAAAGUUGAAAAAACGAAGAGGAGACAGUAACAUCAAACUUCAGUGCUUGGGAGAUAAACUGGCAUGGUUUAAAGAAAAUAUGGAUCAAGAAAUGGAUGUGAUAACACCUGGACAAGUCUUGGAAUUGAUUCAAAAAUAUAUUGAUAGAAACACAGAGGAGCUGGAACAGAUCACUUUAAAGCACAGCAUUGGAGGUCGUCAGGUCCGGCAACAUGCAAGCAGAGAAGACUGUUUACGGAUCACAAAAGAAAGAGAAACAGAACUAUUCACAAACUCAGGGUUUGAAACUGUGGACUUCUUAACCCCAGACUCUCUUAAGAUAUUUAAAUCUUGGACCGGAGAACUGCGACAUCUACCAAAUAUCAAAUUGCGAAAGUACACAAAGCAGGGUUUGGAGGCCAUGAUUUCUGGAGCCUCUGAAACCAGUGAACAGUGCAACCCACAUCAAAUGGAAGAGGAUGACCUAGAUGCUGAAGAGGAAGAUUCAGGAGAUGAAGAAAUGUCAGAGUGAUAAGACUGUUAGGAAAUAAAAUAUGUUAUGAACAUUAA